CACGAACACGCAGGACCAGAGCAUCAGGAUCAUACACGCAGGAAAAACACGCGAAUGUGACUGGAGUGUAAAGGAUGAAGGAUGCUUUCGCUGGAAAAGGUCACACGAAUUGCAUGAAGAACAGUGCGAGGACAUCUUAAACGUAACUGCUAAGGAUUAUACCAAUGCUUUUUCUUUUCUUUUUUCUUUUUUUUUUUUUUUCCUUUUUUUUUUUUUUUUUUUUUUUUUUUGUGGAAAAGGGAAUACCAGGAAUGGGAGAUCUGAUAUUUCACCAAAGCAGGAGAGAAGAUCCGAUGAGAAUACUGUCCAGUGAAUGAGGAUCGCUCGGGGGGGGAACAGAGCACGUGUAUGUGUGUUUUCUUCAAUGACAGGAGUAAUCAGGCUGUGUUUGAGGGUCUGAAGGCAGGGGGAACAUCCUGGAGAAGAUUGUUGUGUACGUUGGCUUCUAGCAGCAGCAGCAGCGGCAGCCCUUUUAUUGGACCAUGUGGUUAGCGGUGCACAAAAACCGUCUCCUUUUGCACCAUCAGGACUGCUGUGGUGGCAGGGCUUGUGCCAAUCGCAAUAUCUCUCUGUGGAUCUGGAUUUUUUGCUGGUCUAUGAUGCUUGUCCGAGGACAAGGCUACUACCCCACCGUGAAUACGCAGUACGGAAAAUUAAGGGGCGUGCGGGUUCCGUUGCCCAGCGAGAUUCUGGGACCAGUGGACCAAUAUCUGGGUGUGCCGUUCGGCGCCCCGCCAGUAGGGGAGAAACGUUUCCUACCCCCCGAGCCGCCCUCCUCUUGGUCGGGGAUCAAGAACGCCACUCACUUUGCGCCGGUGUGCCCACAAAACAUUCACAAUGCAGUUCCGGAAAUCAUGAUGCCGAUCUGGUUCACAUUUAACUUGGAUAUAGUUGCCACUUACAUACAGGAUCAAAACGAGGAUUGUUUGUAUCUAAACAUCUAUGUUCCAACAGAGGAUGUCAAAAGAAUAUCCAAGGAAUGUGCCAGAAAACCCAACAAGAAAAUUUGUAGGAAAGGAGGAACCCCUUCCAAAAAACAGGGCGAGGAUGUGUCAGAGAAUGACGGUGAUGAAGAUGAAGACAUACGAGACACUGGAGCCAAACCUGUGAUGGUGUACAUACACGGAGGAUCCUACAUGGAGGGCACUGGGAACAUGAUUGACGGAAGUGUGCUGGCCAGUUACGGGAACGUCAUUGUUAUUACGCUCAACUUUCGAGUUGGCGUCUUAGGGUUCCUCAGCACAGGAGACCAGGCUGCUAAAGGGAAUUAUGGGCUUCUGGAUCAGAUUCAAGCUCUGCGUUGGAUCAGCGAGAACAUUGGCUAUUUCGGCGGCGAUUCCAAUCGCAUCACUGUUUUCGGAUCAGGCAUUGGUGCCUCUUGUGUGAGUCUGCUGACCCUGUCACACCAUUCUGAAGGACUGUUUCAUCGUGCCAUAAUCCAGAGCGGAUCGGCGUUGUCCAGCUGGGCCGUCAACUACCAGCCGGUGAAGUACACAAGGCUGCUGGCAGAGAAAGUGGGCUGUAAUGUGCUGGACACACUAGACAUGGUGGAUUGUCUGAGAAAGAAGAGUGCUCGAGAAUUGGUGGAACAAGACAUCCAGCCGGUGAGAUACCAUGUGGCCUUCGGGCCAGUCAUUGACGGUGAUGUCAUUCCUGAUGACCCUGAGAUUCUCAUGGAGCAGGGCGAGUUUCUCAACUACGACAUCAUGCUGGGUGUCAACCAAGGCGAGGGUCUGCGCUUUGUGGAGAACGUUGUGGACUCUGAAGAUGGGGUCUCGGGCAACGAUUUUGACUUCUCAGUCUCAGACUUUGUGGAUAGUUUAUAUGGCUACCCAGAGGGGAAGGAUACACUUCGAGAGACCAUUAAGUUCAUGUACACAGACUGGGCAGAUAGAGAUAACCCCGAAACACGACGUAAGACUCUGGUGGCACUUUUUACCGAUCAUCAGUGGGUGGAGCCCUCAGUGGUGACGGCAGAUCUUCAUGCCCGGUAUGGUUCCCCCACUUACUUCUACGCCUUCUACCACCACUGCCAAAGCUUGAUGAAGCCCGCCUGGUCAGACGCAGCCCACGGCGAUGAGGUGCCCUACGUCUUUGGUAUCCCCAUGAUUGGCCCGACUGACCUUUUCCCCUGCAACUUCUCCAAAAAUGAUGUCAUGCUUAGUGCUGUCGUCAUGACCUAUUGGACAAACUUUGCCAAGACUGGAGAUCCUAACAAGCCAGUGCCUCAGGAUACCAAGUUCAUCCACACUAAGGCCAAUCGUUUCGAAGAGGUGGCCUGGUCCAAAUACAAUCCAACAGACCAGCUGUACCUGCAUAUUGGCCUGAAACCACGUGUCCGCGAUCACUACCGUGCCACUAAAGUGGCGUUCUGGAAGCACUUGGUUCCUCAUCUGUACAACCUACAUGAUAUGUUCCACUAUACGUCCACCACUACCAAAGUGCCACCACCCGAGACGACUCAGAAUUCCCUGUCCACCAAACGCCCCAAUGGCAAAGCCUGGCCAUUCAACACCAAGCGCCCCCCAAUGUCUCCGGCCUACAACAGUGAGAGUGGCAAGGAACAAUGGAACGGAGAAGAGGAACCAGGCCCUUUAGUGGUGGACAACCCACGGGAUUACUCUACCGAGCUGAGCGUGACUAUCGCAGUCGGGGCUUCACUGCUCUUUCUCAAUGUUCUGGCAUUUGCAGCUUUGUACUACCGUAAGGACAAACGUCGGCAGGAGCAGCACCCACAACCUAGUCCGCCGCGAGCCACCACAACUAAUGACGUGAACCGCCAUGCUCCCGAGGAGGAGAUCAUGUCCUUGCAGGUCAACCGGACGCACCAUGAGUGCGACGCAGGGCCGCCUGGUGACCCCUUACGGCUAGCUUCACUUCCUGACUACGCGUUGACGCUACGCCGCUCACCUGACGAUAUCCCACUCAUGACUCCAAAUACCAUAACAAUGAUCCCCAACUCACUGGUUGGCAUGCCAAACCUACAUCCAUACAACACCUUCACAGCCGGCUUCAACUCCACUGGCCUGCCACAUUCCCACUCCACUACGCGUGUAUAGCUUUAUGAAGAUCCAGAAAUUGGGAGGGAAGGGGAGGGAGAGGUUUAGGUUUUAUGGAAACGUCACUGCGAGAUGAGGAGGAUCGGGAUGAUGACAGAAACAAAACGAUUUGAAUAGACUUUUGCAACAAGGAGCGACAAGUUUUUUCCAGAUGUCAAGUUGUGCGAACCUGCCAAAACAGAACUGCUCUCUUUCCUUUGAAAAGGGACGAGUAUUUCAAGCAGUAUUUUUUCUAAUCAUCAUUUUAAAAGAGAAACACGCCUUUUUAAGCUGAAAUCAUGCAAAUGGAGCGAUCACUUUUUUCUUGAAUAAAUAAUGGGGGAAAAAUCAAAGUAAAGUGCAUUUUAUUUCCCAUCACAGUCUUUUGUGGGAAACAAGUUUCAAAACAGUGGCCUCUAAGGUGCUGGAUCUGCAUAAUAUUGUUUGCUUUGCUUUUUGAUUUCUUUUCAAUGCCUUAUAAAGAGCUUGUUUUUUUUUUUCUCUCUCUCUCUCUCUCUUAAUUUUACGAACUUUCCCUGAGAUGAGUUUGUGUGGAACAUUGUGAUCUGACUUGAGUGGUUGGAACUGCAGGAAAUAUUCGACAAACGUGGAACACGGUGGAUUAAAACAGCAACAGCAAGGCAUUUUCCAGAUGCAUAACCUCACGUGUGGUGUUUUAAAACAUUUUCUUGGUUCCAAUAAAAAUGGACAAGACUGGAGACUUUUAAAGUUACUCCACUUGUUUUUGUUUAAAGAAAAGUGCAUCUUUUACAACAAAAUUAUCUAUCAGUGUCGGAUCUCCAUGAAAUGCACACUUAUACAAAAGGCUCAGAGCACUGAUUUCUGUGUGUGAGUGGGAUUUUGAGUAUGAAUGGGAGUGUUUGAGGUGAGUGUGAGUGUGUGUGUGUGUAUGUGUGUGUGUGUGUGUGUGUGUGUGUGUGUGUUUGAUUGCAUUUUUCAUGUUUUUUGUUAAAUAUUUGUGUGAUGGGGGUGGGGGGGGGUUCUUUACCAUCGCAUUGAUUUUGUUCACCACGAGUAGUGUUUCAGCUGCGUCUAUGGUUGUCUGUCUUUGCAAAAUAGAACUGUUUGUUAUUUUAAAAAGAAGUUACAUGUCUAAUUUUGCUUAAGAAUUACAAAAUAAAUCUAUUAUUUUACACGCAAGAGAAAACAAUAGCUUAAGAUUGAACUGAACUAACUGACAUGAUUCCAUUGACUUUGUAAAUGUUCCACUCUGACUGGAGACAGUGGCCUCUUUACACUGAAUAACCCGAAUCAGUGUAGACGUGUUUCUUUAAAUAUAUAUAUAAAUAUUGGCAUACAUACAUAUAUGUAUAGGGCUUUUAUGAAGAUUUUGCUCCCAUUGACCUGAAAGUCUAAAUGACCAUUAGAAGAUCGAUUUCAGUUAUUAGGCUGAAAGCACCAAUAUCCAGAGGGCAGAGCAAGUUAGUGUCUGUAUUAGUUUUAUCCUCAACACCAUAAUCUGAGGCCACAAAAAGUGUCUUUUUAAUAGCUCUAUAUGUAUAUUUAUGUAUAAGUAUAUUUAAUAUUUAUUUAUGUAUACCAGAUGUAUACAGUACAUGCUGAUUGUGCCAUGUGCCAAAAUUAAACCAUAAAACUGGAGAAGAAAAAGUUUC